UGCAACCUGCGGGGCAGGCUUUUUGGGGAUCGCUGUCCGCCGGCAUCGCUCUCCUGCUUCCAGACUCCGCGGCGCAUCUCUUACGAUGAGGCUGUUUUGGGGCAAUUCAGGCCGGCUGAAGUGGGGGAGUCCUUCGGGCCCACGUGAGUACAGGAUUUCGGUGGUGCUGUGACCGGGGUGGGGUUGGAGCUCACGUCUCAGGCGUGUGUGAGUCCUCACGGGCUCUUAAAUGCUGAGGAAAGGAGAUGAUGAUCUCCUUCCCCCUGAGUGCUGGAAGGCGUCUGCCCAGAAGACCUUGGGGAGAUUUCAUGAGGAAACAGCCCAAGUUGUGUCAGUUUCCCAGGAGAGUGAAGAGCCCGGUUCGUGGAUCCUUUCUGCUGAGAGCUGGUUGUGAUCAUGGUUGUGUCCCUGAUGCUUAGGUGGGGGAUGUUUGCUUUGUCAAGUUUGGGAGAAGAUUUUUAUCCCAGCAUUGGUCAGACAAGAUGCCACUGGCUGUUUCUCUGGGGUCCCAGAGGGGCAUGGAUUAAAUCAGGUGGGAGACAUGCUGGUUUAAGGUGGAGCUGAGCAUCCCCCUGGCAUGGGCAGGGCGGGAAGUGCACUUCGUCUGGGAGAGCGAUGGGGAGGGCAUGGUAUGGCGAGAUGCCCAGCCUGUCCAGGGUUUGACUAAGGAAGGUGAGAAGACCAGCUACAUCCUGACAAACAGCCUGAAAGAGUCAGAGCCCCACAGCCUGACCCUGUACGUGGAGCUGGCCUGCAAUGGGCUCUUUGGAGCUGGCAAGGGCAGCAUGAUUGCCCCUCCCGACCCAGACAGGAGGGUCACCCUGAACAAGGCUGAGCUGGUCGUCUUCAACAGAGAUGUCUACGAACUGCUGGUAGAUAUGGAAAUACUGCUGGACAUGGCCCGGCUUCUCGGGGAGGAAAACCAGAGGAGUUUCCAGGCACUGUACACUGCCAACCAGAUGGUCAAUGUGUGUGAUGUUAUGGACCCCUCCACCUUCCCUGCUGCCCGUGACCUGGCUGCUGCCAUCUUUAGCCAGAAGAACGGCGAGAGCCAGCACACCAUCCAUGCCAUGGGGCACUGCCACAUUGACUCUGCCUGGCUGUGGCCAUAUGAGGAGACCAUCCGUAAGUGUGCUCGGAGCUGGGUCACUGUGAUCCGUCUGAUGGAGCGCAAUCCGGAGCUCACCUUUGCCUGCUCCCAGGCGCAGCAGUUUGAGUGGGUGCGGAGCUGGUACCCUGGGCUCUAUGCACAGAUUCAGGACUUCGUGGCCAAGGGGCAGUUUAUUCCUGUUGGAGGCACCUGGGUGGAAAUGGACGGGAACCUGCCCAGUGGGGAGUCCAUGGUGCGGCAGUUCCUCCAGGGACAGCAGUUCUUCCAGGAGCAGUUUGGCCGAAUCUGCUCAGAGUUCUGGCUGCCGGAUACAUUUGGAUACUCAGCCCAGCUGCCCCAGCUGAUGCGUGGCUGUGGGAUUCAGCGGUUCCUCACACAGAAGCUCAGCUGGAACCUUGUGAAUACCUUCCCGCAUCACACCUUCUUCUGGGAGGGCAUUGACGGUUCCCGAGUCCUGACCCAUUUCCCUCCUGGUGACUCCUAUGGGAUGCAUGGGCUUGUGGAGGAGGUGCUGAAGACAGUGAAGAACAACAAGGACAAAGGAUAUGUGAACCACAGCGCAUUCCUCUUCGGCUUUGGAGAUGGAGGAGGGGGCCCCACACAGAAGAUGCUGGAUAGGAUGAAGAGAAUGAGUGACACAGAUGGGCUGCCAAGGGUGCAGAUCUCAACUCCUGACCAACUCUUUUCUGUCCUGGAGAAGGAGUCAUCGCAGCUGUGCACCUGGGUGGGAGAGCUCUUCCUCGAGCUGCACAAUGGCACGUACACCACCCAGGCCCAGAUAAAGAAGGGGAAUCGAGAGUGUGAGCGGAUCCUCCAUGACGUCGAAGUGCUCAGCGCCUUGGCUGUGGCACGGGACAGUGUGUUCCAGUACCCUGCCAGCCAGCUGCAGUGGCUCUGGAGGUUAUUGCUACUCAACCAAUUCCACGAUGUCCUGCCAGGCAGCUGUAUCCAGCUCGUGGUUGAGGAUGCCCUGCAAUACUACACAGAGAUCCGCAGGAUUGGUGCUGGGCUGCAGGAGGAGGCUGUGCAGUCCCUGUGCAGGGAUCUGCUGCAGCCCAAGGAAGGGAGCACUGAAAGCACCCUUGUGUUGAACACUUUGCCCUGGGAACGCACCGAGGUGAUCUUCAGGCCUGGGCCAGAUGGAACAGAGACUUUGGCUCUCGUGACAGUCCCCAGCAUGGGUUAUGCUCUAGUGAGGGAGCCAUUGCUGCCCUCUCAGCCUGUGUCAGUGAGGAAGCAGGAGGAUGGCUCCAUUACCAUGGAGAAUGGGGUGAUUACUGUCUGCCUGGACAGGAUGGGGCACCUGACCUCACUUCGGCUGCUGGACUCCGAGAGAGAGUCAGUCCCAGAUGGCUGCUAUGCCAACCAGUUUGCACUCUUUGAUGAUGUUCCCCUCUACUGGGAUGCCUGGGAUGUGAUGGAUUAUCACUUGGAAACCAGGAAGCCAGUGACCACGCUGCUGAAGCCUCUGGAAGUCACCCUGGCUGGGGGCCUGCGGGGAAGUGUGAGGUUCUCCCUGCAGGUCGGGAAAAGCAGCACCUUAACCCAGGAGAUCAUCCUGGAUGCCACGUGUCCAUACCUCCGCUUCCUGACCCAGGUUGAGUGGAAGGAGGCUCACAAGUUCCUGAAGGUGGAGUUCCCUGUGCAGGUCCGGAGCACAAACGCCACCUACGAGAUCCAGUUUGGGCACGUGCAGCGGCCAACACACUGGAACACGUCCUGGGACUGGGCUCGGUUCGAGGUGUGGGCUCACAAGUGGAUGGAUCUCUCUGAGCACGGCUUCGGGGUGGCUCUGCUGAACGACUGCAAAUACGGGGCAUCAGCCCACAGGAACAUCCUCAGCCUCUCUCUGCUGAGAGCACCCAAGUCCCCUGAUGCCACAGCAGACAUUGGGCACCACCAGUUCACCUACGCCGUGAUGCCCCACCGGGGUUCCUUCCAGGAGGCUGGUGUGAUUCAACGCGCCUACAACUUGAACUUCCCCCUCCACGCGGUCCCAGCCAGCUCUGCACAGUGCCCAGCCUGGAGUGCCUUUUCUGUCAGCUCACCUGCCAUCGUGCUGGAGACUGUCAAGCAGGCUGAGGGCAGACCUGAAGCCGUGGUGGUUCGGCUCUACGAGGCGUAUGGCAGCACGGUCACUGCCUGGCUCCAGACCUCCCUCUCCAUUAAGGAGGCGAUGCUCUGCGACCUCCUGGAGCGGCCAGCUGCACAGGGCUGCCUGCCGCUGGGACAGCAGGGCUUGAGGCUCUCCUUCACACCCUUCUGCGUGCUCUCUGUCCUCUUGGUCUUGAGCCAGUGACACCAUCCACCGCUCUGGCUGAUGCUGCAGCAACCUGGACCAACACUGUGAGCUCAAAUCACAGCCUGGGCCUCCCUCGAUCCCAAGAGCUGUACAACACAGCAGUUCCAGAGCAGGGCAGUCUCCCCAUGUCCCGCACCCAGCCCUUGGAGAGCAGUGCUUGAGAACCACCACAUUCCUCAGGGAAAGGAGGACAGUUGACCACAACCCAACCAGGGCUUGAGUGCUGAGCUCUCUGUAGUGUGGAUAAGGGUGUGGACAGCCUGGUAGCCCUGUAUAGGCUCUGCUCCAGCCCCAGGAGCAGCAGCUUCCACAGUGGCUCCUAUGCCUCAGCUUUCAUUUUGUCUAGCAGUGACUAUAAAAAACACACUCUACUCCUUCCCCCCUCCCUCUGCCUGCCCCUUGCACUGCCCUUGCAGAUGGAGAACACAAAUAAACAUGAAAAUUCCAUCAA